CCACACGACAGAAAUAUCCCGGAUAAGGCUUUAAAACACACAACAAACUCCCAAAAUUCACUUGGGUGUCUUCGAGCAGUUGACAAAACUUGUUUGGAGGGAUUUUCUUUCGUUCGAUACCAUUUUUAACACUUCCUAAAGACACUUCAAAAUCAAACCCAAGAUGGCAGGUCUUGAUCCUGACAUGAAAGCUGAUGUUGAUUCCGUGAAGGGCAAAACUGCUCUGAUCAUCUGGCGAGACAACAGAGGAAACAUGGAACGUGUUCCUGAAAAAGAAUAUGGCAAGUUCUACAAGGGUGAUUGCUACGUUAUUUAUAACUGCUAUACGAAGAAAAGCGGAACAACACCAGUCAUUCACAUCCACUUCUUGAUCGGAAGUGAGAGCACAGGGCAAGAUGAGCAGAUGGACGUAGCAAUGUUUGCCACCAUAUUGGAUGAAUACCUUGGAGGAGGCGCCGUGCAAUACAGAGAGCUAAUGGGAAAUGAAAGUGUUGAAUUCAAAGCCAUUUUCAACGGAAGGAGAGCACCAAAUCUGAGGUACGCCAAGGGAGGUCACGAAUCCAGGUUGAAGAAAAUGGACAACUCUAACAGAACCCAGCUGUAUGAAAUCAAAGGAGCAAGAAUUGCACAAGCAGUCGAGGUUGAUGUCAAACUAGCAUCAUUGAACUCCGAUGACUGUUACGUUCUUGAUGGAGGAAAAGGAUUGUUCGUCCUUUUGGGGGAAAAAUCUAACCGUAAUGAACAAGCAAAGGCCAUUAGCCUGGCAAACAGUAUCAGAGACAAUGAACAAGGAGGACGAGGUCAUGUUAUCAUUAUUGACGAAAAAAACCUCAACACUCACGACAAACGCGAUGAAAUCCGAAAACUAUUUGAGCUCCCAUCCUCUGCUAAGCUCAAUUUUGGAAAUUUGAGAAGACUUCAGGCAAGAAGCGAUGAAGAUGCUGACAAACUAGCACGCGCUAGUAAACUUUACAAGAUCUGUGAUGCGGGUGAUAGGGUCGAAAUGAAGGAACUAGGUCCUCCAAGACAAGAACUGCUCAAUGACAACGAUUGCUUCAUUCUCUUUACUGGAAGGAAUGUUUACGUAUGGAAAGGAAAAAAAGCAAGUUCGACUGAGAGAGCACAGGCUAUGGCAAAUGCCAAGGGAUUCUUGAAGCAGCUUAGCGAAAGUCCAAAUCUGGGAAUCGUUGUGAUGCCACAGUUUGCAGAGACUGCAGCUUUCCGUGCAUGUUUUCCUUCAUGGAAAGAUGACAGCGCAUUGGAACCAGUGAAUGUCGAUUACUCCAAGCCAAAGGGGACCGGAGGCGUCGCAAGGUCAGUGCACACCGUAAUCGACUUCAGGGCAUUACACGAAAAACCAAGGAGUGUUGAAGUCAAUGAUCCGUACGCCAACGAUAAUGGUCAAAGCGAUGGGCUUAAGAUCUAUAAGAUCGACCUUCUGAAGAAUGAUGGGGAUAAUGAUGAUGAUAAGACGUUGGUGGAUUCCGGAAGAAAUUUGGUCUUUAACUCCGCUGAUUGCUACGUCCUGGUCUAUAGUUAUGGCCCAGGGGGUAGAAAGACCAUCAUCUACUACUGGCUUGGAAACGAAAGCCCACAGCUAAAGAAAGGAGCAGCUGCAAAGAUUGCUGAGAGUAUUGAUGACCGGGAAUUCGGCGGCCUAGCCGUGCAGGAACGUGUUAUUGAGGGCAAGGAACCUCCACACUUCAUGCGCAUCUUUAAUGGAUACAUUCUUGUCAAGCAAGAGCGUCUCAAUGGCAACCAAGACCAUCUGUACCACGUAAGAGCCAAGAAAGAGAACGAUGCAAGAGUCGUAGAGGUCGAUGUUGACGCUUCCAACCUCAACAGUAACGAUUGUUUCAUCCUGGACAGCAGAAAAGGAAUGUUCUUGUGGUACGGGAAGGGAAGUACUGGAGAUGAGCGUAAAGUUGUUCAAGAGGCUGCUGCUAAACUGGACCCAAAACGAGGAGCUUCUGGUAACUACACCUUCUACCGAGAGGGAGAAGAAAGAGCUGACUUCUGGAAUGCACUUGGUGGAGAGAAAAGCUAUCCCACUGAACUGAUUCCAAAUCUUCAAGAUUGCAACACGAAGCAUGAACCCAGGUUAUUCCACUGUUACAACAUCAUGGGAUCUCUUCAAGUCGAGGAAGUGUACGAAUUUGAUCAAGAUGAUUUGAUCCCCGAUGAUGUAUUCUUUUUGGAUACCUAUUAUCGUUUGUACAUCUGGGUCGGAAAGGGCGCUAGACGAGACGAGAAGGAAGACACGAUCAAAUUCGUCCAGGAAUUCAUCAGAAAUGACCCUACUCCACGAACCGAUACAGAUGCGAACAUUUGCGUUAUAAGCCAAGGAGCAGAGCCAGACAGUUUCAAAGCCUACUUUGGUGUCUGGGAGGACGUCCGCACAGAAACUAUGUCUGCUGAAGAUCACAAGCGGUUGGCCAUGGAUCGUAACGCUGUUUCAUUGGAACACGAAGAAGAAGUACCCGAGGGUAAAUUCUCGUUGGCUGAGCUUCAAGUACCAAUAGAUGAACUGCCAUAUGGAGUCAAAGUUGAAAAAAGAGAAAUGUACUUGACUGACGAUCAGUUCGAGGAUGUGUUCAAGAUGAGCAAAGAGAACUACAUGGAACUCCCUAAAUGGAAGAAAGACUUUCUGAGGAAGCAAAACAAUCUUUUCUAAAUCUACACACAUGCCAAAGAUAUAUGCCAUUCAAUGUCUGCCUCAAUCAAUUGUACCAACUUUUUCUUGGUAGUUUUGCCGACACCAGAUCAAUAUUACUCGCUUAUUUCUAAAAAUGACUGUUCACUACAUUUGUAUUAACGCUAUCAUGAACUCGUAAAAAAUAGUAUCGUCCAGCUCAGCACUAUUCCAUAUUCUAGUUUACUUAGGUUAUUUCUGCGCAUGCGUUAUCAGUAUAACUUCUAAGGAGGUUCACUGAUUGAUUACUUUUGGAACAUUACCAUCUGAGAGAUAACACCCUAACAGUUCUUACAGGUUCUAACAGUUUACUAAUGUAACUGUUAGUGGAGCCCUUUGUGGUACCAUUACUGAUCGAAGGGACCGUUUUCCAUUAGAUAUUACGGUAGAUUGUCGAUUGUAUUGUAGUCUCGUGAAAAAAAUUGUCAAUACGUAAAAGCAAAUUUCUUGGUAAUUUCAAUAAAUUGCCGAAAUAACCACA